CACCAUGCUGUCGCCGUGGUCUGUGGCGGUUAGGGUGUCCUUUUUGGCAGCUGCGUGUGGUUUGGGGCCGCUUACCGGCCAGGCUGGGAUUGUCGGGAGGCUUACGGACGACGUGGAGUUCAUCGAUCCAACGGUUGGGCUAGGACCGGGUGGAACCGCCAGCGGCAUUCCGAUCGGACCACGUGGCUUUCGUGGUUUUGAAAUUCUGCCCCGACCGGAACCAUCGUGGAAGGCGGGCGCCACGCUGGUAGCGGACAAUCCGGAGCAACAGAUUAUGGGAACCAUUUCCUUCCGCCAGUGGGCACCGGGUCACGUCGAAACGGCCAUCAAUGCAACGGGCCUGCCGGUGGGCAAACACGCGGUCCACGUACACGCGUUCGGUGAUAUGCGCGAGGGAUGCAAAUCGACCGGACCGCAUUUUCGCAGCAGUAUCAUUGGGAACAUCGAGGUUAAGGAGGAUGGAAACGCAGUGAUCGAUUUUCCCAGCCCGUACAUCAACCUGUUUGGGUUCGCUGGCAUCGUCGGACGUUCGAUCGUGAUACACGAGAAACCGUCGGAGAUUUACCGGUUUCCGGACUUGUCGAUCAACAAUCCGAUUUCCUUCCAGGGAGAAGAGGACACGGUCGGUGCACGGAUCGCGUGCGGCCUCAUAACGAUCUUGGAUAAUGUUGCACUGUAGAAAUGCACAAUA